CACUGCUUUGAAGGAAAGUGAUAACAUGCCGUUUAAAGUUGUUCUUUGUGUUUUUGCCGUCUUGGGUCAGUCCUUUGCUGGUCCAUCUAAUUGCGGGUGCUCCCAAGACUUCAGCUCCCCAGUGUACAGUACUGAUGGCGUCGCUAUUUCCGAAAUCGACUACCAACCCAGUUAUAAACCUAUUUCUAUCAACUUUUCCGAAAAAGACGCCCAAUCAAGCUACAAACCUAUUUCCGUCAGGGUUGAAAAAGAAAGUUAUCAACCGAAUUACAAACCUACUUAUAUCAGCUCAUCCGAAAAAGAAAUCUACAAAUACAGCUCAAAACCUUAUGUCAGUGUUUCCGAAAAGCCCAGGUAUAAACCUGUUUCAGGCAGAUCUUACGAAAAAGACAGCUACCAGUACAACCAACCUAUUUCUGUUAUCGACGUACCUAAUAACGGAGGGACUUUUUUCGUGACUAGCGUCUGUCCGAUCGCGCCGUCCGGCGUCGGCGUUGCGUCCGACCUGAGUCUCGGCGGUGAGCUGGAGGUAUCCGGCGUCGUUCCGUAUUUGAGCGCCGUGGCGUUCGAAGGACAGUUUGACGCCAACGGCGCGGCGGCUGUGGAGUAUGGGUGUGGCGACUGUGUGGCUAUCACGGAAGAAAUAAGAGGGAACCCUGGUUUUACCCCUUUUGUCAGUGGCAAAAACUAAUCUUCUUGUUCAUAAAACUCGAAAUGCCUAUGUUUGGUUCUUUUUAACAAGGACAUAAUUUUAUCAAAAAUAGUUUGGCCGCAGCUUGUAUUGAGGCUUAGUGUUAUUUUUGUUUAAUGUUGUUAGUUAUUUAAUUUUGUCGACUGAAUAAAUGAAUAUUAAUUUCUAAAUAACUAAUAAGUUUUAUUCUACCACAAAU